GUGAAGAGGUGUUUCCAGAAUUGUGAGAGGAAGCGAGGAUCACGGUCACUGAUGAUGUUCUCGGGGAGGCCGUGAUGGCGAGCAACAUGGUCGAAGAAGAGUGUGGCAACGUCUUUGGCAUUGUGCGAGGUCGUGCAAGGGAUGAAGUGGGCACAUUUGGUCAAGCGGCAGACAAUGACGUAGAUGCAAUCAUGCCCGCGGUAGGUCUUGGGGAGGCCGCACAUGAAGUCCAUGGAGAUGGACUGCCAUCGGAUGGAGGAGACGAUGGGGGAGACGAUGGUGUUGUCAGUGCGGAUGGUGAAGUAUUGCCCGUCGAGGUACGGGCGCCAGACUGUGAGGGCGUGAAUCACGGCGAGGAGUUCCUUCUCGUUGGAGGGGUAAUUCAUCUCCGCGGGAAGGAGCUUCUUGCUUGCGAAGGCGAUAGGGUAUUCGCCAGGUGGAGCCUCGGGGUGAGUGGGCGAGUCCUUGAUGGAGGGGGUCUCGGCGGUGUGCCGGGGGAAAUGUUGGGACAGUACGGCUCCGAUGGCGAAGUCGGAGGCGUCAGUGGUGACAUAGAAAUGGUGAGUGGGGUCGGCGAUCUUGAGGACAGGGGCCGUGGUGAUCGUUUGCUUGACGGAGACAAUAUGGCCGAGGUAUUCGACGCUCGAAGCGGCAAACGUACAUUUGCUGAGCUUGGCGUAGAAUUUUUGCUCUCGGAGGAUCGCGAGGACUUGGCGGAGGUGCUGAAGGUGGGACUCGAAGGUGUGGCUGAAGACAAGGAUGUCAUCAAGGUAGACAACGACACAGAUUUCGAGGAGGUUGCGGAAGAUGUGGUUCAUGGUGGAUUGGAAGGUAGCGGGGGCAUUGGUGAGUCCGAAUGGCAUCAUGAGGAGCUCGUAGUGCCCGAACCGAGAGCGGAAGGCGGUCUUGUGGGUGUCCUCCUCGCGGAUACGGAUCUGGUGGAAGCCACUACGAAGGUAGAUCUUGGUAAAGUACUUGGCUUCACGGAGACGAUCAAGGAGCUCGGAAAUCCGAGGUAGGGGGUACUUGUUCUUGAUCGUGAUCCGGUUCAAGGCGCGGUAGUCUGUGCACAUGCGGAGCUCCGAAGUUCCACCUUUCUUGACGGAAAGGCAGCUGGUUCCGAAGGGGGAUGAAMUUGGCUUAAUGAACCCUUUUUCAAGGA